UAAACUUUCUUUCCUGCUUUUUCACAGUCCUGUUCCUGGACCCAGGUCUGGGGGACAGGGUUCCCAAUAUCACUGCUAACGGAUCGACAAGUCAAGCUCUUCCAACUCCUGUGGAGAUGAAGACCAAGCUGGACCGGUAUUCAUCGUUCAACAUUUAUGAAACCAACCUGGAAUGGCAAAUCUUUAACCGCUCUCUCCCAAAAGGAGCAAUCUCAAUCCACAACCAAUAUGUUGGACGCGUCGACUAUGUUUGCCAAUUCUUGUGCAACGCCGGCUUCUACAGCCCUGGCAUCGAUCCUUACUGCCACUACUCCUACAAAGGGAAAGAGUACAAUAGCUUUUUAUGGCCAUUUCAAAUCCUGGUAAACAAAGACAACUUUGAGAUUAUGGAAUGGAAGGACGGCUCCUACGGAUCAGUGCCUCAGAAUUCAGUCAGCACCUGCUCCAAAGGAGUAUAUGUUGGGAUGAACGAGUAUGGUCUUGGAAAAGUGGAUGUUAAAGAUAAGGUCUUCUACCUUCCCUGGGAAGGUUCUGAGUAUUGGUACAAUACCUACCAGGUCCUGACCUUUAGCAAAGAUAUUUACAGUGAGCACUUGUCUGAUGUCAAGUAUAAGACUGAUGGGGUCAAACCCAUUGACUAUCCUCCAGAGACCAUGCGCAAGUCUUCCGUCACCAACUACCAGUGCCAGACAGUGACAGCAACAGCAACAAUCUCAAAGACAUACCAAGUGGAGGAAAGGUGGGACACCAGCUUUUCUAUCACGGUAGGCGUCCAGACUAGCAUCACUGCUGGAAUCCCCGUUAUUGGCUCCGCAGGUAUUGAGUUUAGCGAGGAGACGACCCUCCAGUUCACCACGGGGACAACUUAUAUUGAGUCGACCACCCACACUGUUGCUGUUGAGUGCAAAGUCCCAUCAAACUACUCCUGUGGUGUCAAUAUGGUGGGGUAUAAGUACGGGGCAGACAUCCCUUACACUGCACGCCUCACCCGCACCUACAGCAACGGGAAGACCACAUGGACGUCCAUCUCUGGGACCUACAAAGGCGUCCAAAUGGGAGAAGUCCGGGCUGUGGUGGAUCCCUGUGAGCCUGUACCUGAUCCCACACCCUGUCCCUGAAAGAAUGAUGGAGGCUCAAUGAGAUUCAAUACCUAAUAAAUUGUAUGUUGGAUACACGUAACAAUGUAAUGAUAAGAAAAAAGUAAGUCUCCUGUUAUGUUUUAUAUGCCUUGAUAUA